AAUAAGGAUGACAAUAAAUUUGCUUAAGUUUAUCUAUUUAGGAGAGAGCCGAGCAGCCUCCAGAAGAAGUGAAAUAAUAAUAAUAAAAGAAAUGCAGACCGGCUUUCUGACGGCAACGCCCGCCGGCGCCGGCGCCGUCUUAUCGCACUCCGGCAUCCGCCGGCGAUGCCACAUCGGCUCUUCAAAGUUCCCUCUCAUCCUUACCACACCUAAAUUACAGUUACAGCCGCUCCACACUUCCCGCGGCUCCGUAUGGAGCGCCGGCGCCGCCGCUUUUGACGUUAUGCGUGAUUACGGUUCGGUGAUUCAGGACGCCGGAGCAAUGGCGCUCACCAUCGCCGGAGCAUACGCUCUCGUCUCCACUUUCGACGGCUUAACGCAGCGCAAUCUCAUUCCGCAGAGUUUAAGCAGGAAGCUGGUCCAUAUACUAUCUGGGCUGCUUUUCAUGGCAUCCUGGCCUAUUUUCAGCACGUCAAAAGGGGCUCGCUACUUUGCUUCCAUUGUCCCCAUCCUUAACUGCCUUAGGCUGCUUGUCAAUGGCCUUCGGUUCGCUGAUGAUGAAGGACUCGUUAAGUCUGUCACUCGGGAAGGAAAUCCAGAAGAACUGCUUCGAGGCCCAUUGUACUAUGUCAUGGUACUGAUUUUAUGUGCACUUGUCUUCUGGCGUGAAUCUCCAGUUGGAGUGGUUUCACUAGCAAUGAUGUGUGGUGGAGAUGGUGUUGCUGAUAUCAUUGGAAGAAGAUUUGGGUCGGUAAAAAUUCCUUACAAUCAACAAAAGAGUUGGGCUGGUAGUAUCUCCAUGUUUGUUUUCGGUUUCUUGAUAUCACUCGGGAUGCUGUGUUACUUCUCAGCACUCGGAUACUUUCAAUUGGAUUGGAUCCCGACGAUUGAAAGAGUGGCGGUGGUUUCAUUGGUGGCAACCGUGGUGGAGUCUCUCCCGACCAACGGAGCUGUGGACGACAACAUCUCGGUUCCUCUAGUAAGCAUGAUAACUGCUUCUUUGAGUUUUGGUUUGUAGAGUAGGGAUUCAAUGCCAGAACUGAACCUCCAUGAUUAAUGAAAUCAGUGAGAAUGUGUUUGGUCUUCA